CCCUCCUCCAGUCUCAGACCUGGGGUGGAACAGACUGCCUGGGCGCCACGGUUUCCCCAACCUCCGGAGCACACUGUAAGGGUUGAGUGGAGGAGAGAAGAAGAGGAUAGAAGAGAAGAGAGGAGACUCGAAAGAGAGAAGAGAAGCAAAGGAAGAAGAGGUGAGGCUCCCCUGACUCCUCUUCCAGGGGACCCAAUGAAGUGGUUACUAGUUUUCCUGAUCAUCAGCAUCCCAAAUGUAUACAAUGCAGAGGAGAGUCCUAAGCUUCUUCAGAACCUGAGGUUCCACUCAAGCAACUUUGAAAACAUCUUGAAAUGGGACAGCAUCCAGGGAAGCCCCCCAGACACAGUCUACAACGUGCAGUAUAAAAGGUAUGGAGACCCCAAAUGGAAGAACAAGGAUGAGUGUCAGAACAUCACUGAGACAUCAUGCAACCUGACCUAUGAGACCAGAGACACCGACGAGCAGUACUUUGCCAAGGUGACCGCCUCGAGCCGAGGCCAGAGAAACAUCCAGGAGUGGAGACAGACGCCGAGGUUCAGUGCCUGCCGAGACACACUCAUUAAGCCGCCCCUGGUGACCUGCAUCCCCAAUGUCAGGUCGGUCCGCCUCGUUGUGCAUCCCUCGCCCACCGCCCUCUGGACCAGCGACGGCCACUCCCAGACUCUGGAAGAGAUCUUCCCAGACCUGUUCUAUCGCCUCCAGCUGCACAUCAAUCAUACUUACCAAAUGCACUUGGAAGGCAAGAAGAAAGAAUAUGAAUUCUUUGGCCUGGCCCCAGACACAGAGUACCAGGGGGUCACCACGAUUUCCAUCCCAACCCCUUUCAAGGAGAGCCCUCCCUACACAUGUCGAGUGAGGACCCUGGCAGACCGGACAUGGAUUUAUUCCUUCUCAGGGGUGUCUCUGUUCACAAUGGGCUUCCUUGUAGCUGUGCUUUGUUACCUGAGCUACCGAUAUGUCAAGAAGCCUCCCAAGCAACCCAACUCACUGGAUGUCCAGAGAGUACUGACUUUUCAGCCACUGAGAUUCAUCCAGGAGCAUAUUUUGGUCCCAGCCAUUGACUUCAGCAGUUCUGGGGGCCUGGUUCCCCCUAUCCAAUACUCCCAGGUGAAGGUGCCUGGGCCCAGGGAGGCCCUGGGAGCUCCAUUGCCUUCUGGCCUGCCUGAAAUCACCUACCUUGGACAGAGCGAGAUACCCAUCCCUAUCCUCUUGGCUCACCAGGCACUUCCCCCACCAUCCUAUGCCCCUCAGACAAUCCUAGAUGUGGGACCCCCUUCUUAUGCCCCACAAGUGGUUCCUGAGACAAAGCCCCCAACCUAUGCCCCUCAGACCCUCUCUGAUCCAUGGCCCCCAUCUUAUGGGGCCUGCAUGGAGGGCUCAGGGGAAGAAAUAUCCCCACACCAGGACUUGAAUGGGACCAAAGGCCAACCUCAGCCCAACCAGACCCGAACUGGACCAAAUUCCCAGACAGAAGAACUCCAGCAGAACUCCAGAAGAGAAGAGUUCUUCCAUCAGCCCCCAGGACUCCGGAAAGAACAGCUGCCCAGCCGAGUCCUGCCCCUGGUUCACCCAACUGGGCCACUGGAAUCAGUAGCUCCAGGAUACUUGAGCAACCAAAUCUCUUUACUUUCCUCUGUCCAGGUGGAAGACCAGCCCUUUUCCCUCCCCUCCACCCCUUCCCUCCUAUUUCAACCCAGGGAGGAGAUGGGGGAAGCCUGGAGCCUCCUAGAUUCUGUAGUGUGUCCCAAGGAUGAGCUUUCUCCUCCAGGACCUGAAAGGAGCUGCCUAGCACAGGCUUCUCCAGAGUUUGAUAGGCUCUUCAGAGACUUGGACCUCACAGUACAGUGGGAGCCUUGAAGAAACGUGUGGGAACCAGCAUCCUCCACAUGCUCUGGCAGGCAUUGCCACACCCCCAAUCUGUAAUACAGCCUGGGGCAGAACCUCAUGCUAGUCACCCUGGGAAGUUGACUGAGAGGUUCUAGGGAGCAGAGCCCUUCCCCUCAAGGAGCACCCAUUUAUAUUUGGGUAAACACAGUCUCUGUUCUCAGGGAUCCUACAGUCAGAGAAAGGAAGUACAAUCCCUCUUCUCCCAGAAAUCUCAGCCUUGAGAAGGAAGGGGCAAUACUCUGCUUUGGGAGAGCCCUCAGUCUGAGGCAGGGGAAACACAAUCCUUGCGUUCAUGGGAUCUUCAGUCUGAGAGGGAAGACAGCAUCCCUUCUGAAAAGGAAGAUAGUCUCUGCCUUCAGGGAGUCCCUAGUCUGAAGAGGGAGACACAAACCUGGCCUUCAGGCCAUCCUCAGGCAGAGGAGAAAGGUACAGCUCUUGUCCUCAGAGAACUCUCAGUCUGCCCUAAGGAAGGCCUCCAGAGUGAAGAAAAGAGACAGCAUCUCUCAGGGAGUCCCUAGUCUGAAGGAAGGAGACAGGUCCUCCUAGGGAUCUCACAUUCUGAGGAGGGAUCAAGGAACCCUCAGGCUGAAGAGAGAGACAAAUCUUAGGUCCCCAGGAAGCUCUCAGAGGAGAAACAGCUUUUGUCCUCAAGAAGAUCCUUGGUCUGAAAGAGGGAAUCAGGCCCUUCCAGGGAAGCCCUCUUCUGUGGAGAUAGAUACAUCCCUUCUUUCAGAGUGCCUUUAUACUUAAGGGGACAUUCCCUGUUCUUGGGGAGCUCCACUCCUUUGUGGGGAGAAGAGCCUGGGGAAAGAGGGUGCUUAGGGAAGAAGUUCAUAGGGCCCUGUCUUAUGGGGAAGGUGGACCCCACUGUUAAGUCUGAGCCCUAUUUUCCCUUUUCAAUGGCCUUAGCAGGAGCCUCCCCAUUUCUAGAAGGAUUUAGCUUCUGCUACCAUGGGCCUCUUUAAUCUACAACCUCUUCCAAUCUACUGGCUGCCUGCAAACAAGCCCAAGUCAUCUUCAUUGAUUCUCAAUCAUUGGCAAACUGGUUUCCUACCUCCUCACUUAAUUAAGGCUGUUCUCUCCAAAGUUACCAAAAUUCUCUUAUUUGCUGAAGCCCUGGCCUUUUUUCACUCUUAAUUUCUCUAUUGGUUGAGACACUAUUGACCAUUCUCUCUACUAGAUAUUCUCUCCUCCCUCCCAAGCCAAAAAUUACCUUGGAUUUACUUUAUUUAUAUUUUGCAUCAUUUUAUAUAUGUGUAUGUGUUCUCUCCCUACCCCAUGUCAACUCUUGGAGGGUAAAGUCUGUUACAUUCUUUAUUCCACAUGCCUAACACUGUGUCUGGCACAUAGUAGGCACUUCAAUACUUGUAAGUCAGUGAUUUCAUCAACUUCCAUCUUUCUACAGAUGACUCCCAAAUUCAGCCCUAUUUUCUCUUCUGAACUCUGGGGUUCUCAACCCCAGCUGUCUCCUGGAAAUCUCCACCAAGGUAGCCAUUCCAUAGGUGCCUCACAAUAGAAAUGUUCCAAACAGAACUCAUUGUAUUUCCAAAUUUCAUUACCUCCUCAAAAUUUCCAAAUUUUGUCCAGGGUACCAUGCCUCUAGGCCACCUAGGUGAUGCUAUGGAUAGAGUGCCAAGUCUGGAGUCCGGAAGACCUGAGUUCAGAUUUGACCUCAGACAUUAGCUGGAUGACCCUCAGCAAGUCACUUGACCCUGUUUGUCUCAGUUUCCUUAUCUGUAAAAUAAGCUGGAGAAGAAAAUGGCAAACCACUUCAGUAUCCCUGCCAAGAAUAUACCAAAAGGGAUUGUGAAGAAUUGGACCCAACUGAAAAUGACUAAAUCACAGUAAUCAUCUUUCUACUCAUUCCAGUUGACAACCUUGAAGGCAUCACUGACUCUUCUCUCCCUCUCUCCCAUUUCCAACUCCUAUAUGAGGCAAGUCACCCAACCUCUUCCUCUAUAAAAUGAGGCAGUUAGGCUAGAUGACUUGUCAAGUUCCUUCCAGCUCUGAAUCUAUGAUCCGAUGAGUCCCUCCAGUAUAUAAUGAUAUCCUCCUCUUGAAAUGAAUUGAUAUCCCUUUCUAUAUACUUUGCAUUUAUUUAUUCUAAUAUAUGUUUUAUUUGUACCCUACGUCUAGUAGCAUGUAAGCUCCUUGAGGGCAGAAGGUUUCUUUUCCUUUUUUUUUGUCUUUGUAUCUCUGGUAUCUGACAUAAUGCCAGAUAUAUAGUAGGUGCCUAAUAAAUAACUGCAAAAGAAUUAGAUUCUUUUA